UCAUCUUCUUUCGUUUCGUGCCCGCCCUCCGUCUCUCUCUCUCCACCGCCAGAAAUAGAAUUCCCGCCCUCAAUUUGCGGUGGGAUGGAGCACCAAGUAUCACGGGAAAUGAGGAUUUCUUGGGUCAUCCUUGUCUUCAUCCUUCAGCUGACGACCCUCCCCUUACAAAGUUGGAUUUGUGCUGCAAGUACAAAAGCAGAAAGGACAUUGGCAAUGAUAAAGCCUGAUGGUGUAGUUAACAAGUAUGCAGAUACAAUUAAGAAGAUUAUUAUGGAAUCAGGAUUUGACAUUGUUAGAGAGAUGAUGGUGCAAUUGGAUGAGAGCAAUGCGACCAUCUUUUAUACUGAGCAUUCUCAUAAGAGUUUCUUUCCAGACCUCGUUAAAUACAUGACUAGUGGUCCAGUGUAUGUCAUGGUCUUGGAAAAGGUGAAUGCCAUUUCUGAAUGGCGUAAUCUGAUUGGUCCUACGGAUGCAAGGAAAGCUCGGAUUUCUCAUCCUUCAAGCAUUCGAGCCAUGUGUGGGGUUGAUUUACAAAGGAAUUGUGUUCAUGGUUCAGAUACACAUGAAUCUGCUAUUCGUGAAAUCAUCUUUUUCUUUGGAGAUCUCUUGGCAGGAUUUGCAAAAUGGGAAGACGAUUGGUGGUAGCCAUGAGCACAAGGGAGUUUACAUACUAUCGGAACCAGUGGAGGUUGUGAUAUCUACUUCUCUCUCGAAGCCUACCCCAUACCAGUGGCAUCUCCGAUUGGGUCAUCCAUCAUUGUCCAAACUUCGUAGUGUCUUUCCCAAUAUUUCAGCAUCUGAGUCUUUUCAAGGUGAAGCCUAUCAAUUGGUCAAACAUACUAAAAGUAGUUUUCCUUCCCGUAUUAGUCCGUCUAAUCAUGCUGUCUUUGAUCUUAUUCAUGUCGAUGUUUGGAGGCCUAGCGAGGUUGUAAGCCGGGCCAAGUUUAAGUAUUAUCUUGUCAUUGUUGAUCAUUUUUCUUGUGUUAGUUGGGUAUACUUGCUAAAAGACAGGUAUGAAGUUAUACGUUGA